AUGGCUUUUCGAUGUCGGGGGGGCUAUGAUGGUGCGAUCCACUUUUGGGGCACUCAGGGCUCCUCCUCGCCCAUCGAAUCCCUUCCCUUGGCCCAUGAAGGACCUGUUUGGUCCUUGGCUUGGCAUCCUUUGGGACACUUGUUGGUGAGUGGAUCCAAUGACUACUCCACGCGCUUUUGGUCUCGCGCGCGGCCGGGCGAUCGAGCCUUCGAGCAGUUCCUGCCCAAGCGCGUGGGGGUGAUCCCCGGCGAAGCUUAG